AUGAAAGAAUUGAACGAAUUCAAAAUUGAACAUAAUAAAAAAAUUGAAGAGCGAAAAAAGUUUUUACAACCUCAAGUAUUACGAAUCGACGAUGAUGAUGAUAUUAUAGAAAAUGAUGUUACAGUUGAAUCAUCGAGUGAUGAUGACGACAAUGCGAAUCGAUCUUAUCAAGCAAAUGAAAAUAAAAAAUUUGAAAAGGAACAGUCUAUAAUAACAGUCAGUGAUUCUUAUGAUGACGAAUCAAUUCUCAAACCAAAAUCGAGGCAUGUACAAUCGUCUAAUUUUGGAUUUGAUGAAUCUUAUAUGACUAAUAAUUAUUCUAAACAAUCGAUGACGUUAUCGGCUAAUUCAAUAAGUCCAGAUAAAACAGAAAGUCGACUCACAACCGGUGAUACAGGUUAUAGAUCGAAUUCGGCUGCAAGCACAUCAAGUAUUCGGUUAUUACAGAAUCAAUCGCGAACAAGUUCGAGAGGAUCAGUUGAAGAUUAUCAAACGAAGCAUGAUCAUCGUUCACCAAUGCGUGUUACUUAUGAACAACCAAAUAUUCGUCAAUUAUCGAAUACAAAAACGUUGAUAUCUCAGAAAUCGACAGAUUUAACGACAAAACCGACUUCACCAAAAACAUCAUUACCAACUAAACAACUAUCAUUAAAAGAGUUGAGAAAUGAGCACGCAAUAAAUGCACUGCCAACAUUGCCUAAGCUAAGAAAACGCGAUAAUUAA